CUGCAGGCCGCCAAAAUGGACGGGUCAAACACUGAGCAACAAGAUGAGACUACCAGCUGCUCCAGGACUAGGAGGCCAUGCCCACUCAUAUUCAAAGAUUUGGGCUCCGCCAGCCCAACCCCAACCAGUCUGCCAGGCUGUUGCAACUUUUAAUUAUUUUAUGGGUCCGGCCGACAAAACGCAGAAGAGCCGAGUGGAUGGCUAUCUCGUAGUUAGGUGAGCAAUCAGGGGCAACUAUAGGGUGGAUACGACUUCCUAUAAAUGGAAGAAAGGAAGUCCGAUGGGUAAGGAAUCAGAACGGAGGAGGAUGGAGACGAAGAAGAUGAUAGCAGUGGUAAUGGUGAUGGUGUGCUUGGUAUCUUCUCAUCAGCUGGGAAUCGUUGAAGCCGGACCGGAGGACUGCUACGACGCUUGUUCCACCGGCUGCGUCCAACCCGACACAAGGCUAAUGCAGCGAUGUGACAUCAAGUGUCAGAUAAAAUGUAGUGCGGAUUCCCAAGACAAGAAGAUUAUAGACUAAUCCUUUAAAUCCAUGGAAGGUCACUGUGAGCUUAUAUGAAGCCAUUAAUAAUUUGUAAUGUGAUAAUGAUUUGUAAUGUGAUAAUAAUUUGUAAUGUAAUGUGUUUUGUUGGUAUUUGUUUAAUCCUUUCGAAGCUUUGAAUAUAAGAAAAAAAAAAUGACUUGGUUA